AUGGCAGUCACUAUAUCUCUAUCGACAAUAUGUACCGCCCUUCUAGGGCUGGCUGUUUUAUAUGUCACAAAAAUAGCCCUAGUUCACGAGAAGAGAGCAUCUGCGCCCCUUCCCCCGGGGCCACCACCCAAGCCAAUUGUUGGAAACCUGGGAGAUCUACCAAAACCAGAAGAAAAAGACUGGCUACAUUGGCUGAAGCACAAGAAGCUCUAUGGCCCAAUUAGCUCGGUCACGAUGUUCGGUCAGACGAUUGUCAUCGUCAAUGAUUGGCGCAUGGCUUACGACAUUUUGGAUAAACGGUCCGCUAAGCAUUCCUCCCGGCCACGGUUGACAUUUGCCGGAGAGAUGGUGGGCUGGAAUAAUUCAUUCGCCCUGCUAGAAUACUCCGAUCGUCUUCGGGAAUAUCGCAAAGCACUGCAUCGUGUCAUGGGCACCAAGACUCUGGCAUCGCGUUUGAAUCCAGUACAGGAGGUGGAAACGCGCCGAUUUCUCCUGCGCGUUUUGGAAAAGCCGGAUGACUUGAUUCAGCAUAUUAGGAAGGAGGCGGGUGCGGUGAUUCUGAAAGUCGCAUAUGGAUAUACUAUUCAGCCCCAUGGCCCUGACCCCCUUGUUGACCUUGCUAACGAAGCGAUGGACCUAUUCUGCGAGGCAAUUGCUCCAGGACGCUGGCUGGUAGAUACUCUGCCGAUCUUGAAACACGUUCCAUCCUGGUUCCCAGGUGCCGGGUUCAAGAAGACCGGCGAGGCCAUGAGAAAGGUUAUGAUUGAGACUAUUGAGCGGCCAUAUCAGCUUGUCAAGCAGGGCAUGAAGCACGGCUUGUUCCCAUCCUCAUAUCUAACCAACAUGCUAGAAACAAGCAAAUUCACCGCCGAAGAAGAGCAUGUGCACAAGUGGUCAGCUGGAGCGAUUUAUUUGGGAGGAGCAGACACCACCGUGGCGGCAUUGUCGUGCUUCUUCUUGGCAAUGAUACUAAACCCUGAAGUACAGCGGAAAGCCCAAGAGGAGAUUGAUCGUGUUGUUGGCCCCAAUAGGCUUCCCGCGUUCGAGGAUCGCGACAACCUGCCAUAUGUAGACGCAGUAGUUAAAGAAACCCUCCGGUGGCACCCAAUUGGUCCCAUGGGUCUUCCGCACAUGACUACAGAAGAUGAUAUUUACGAAGGUUAUCUGAUUCCAAAGGGCGCGAUCAUUCUCCCGAACGUCUGGGAAUUUACCCAUAAUCCUGAGACGUACCAUGAGCCGGAUGCAUUCAAGCCUGAGCGUUAUCUGGGUGACAAGCCUGAGCUGGACCCGCAUUUGCCCCUCUUCGGCUUUGGCAGACGCAGCUUUGGCAGACGCAUUUGCCCUGGUCGACAUAUGGCCGAUUCCACAAUGUUCUUAACCAUCGCGCAGUCCCUGGCUGUAUUUAACAUUAAGAAGAAGGGCGAUGUAAAGCCUGAAUUUCUCCCGGGCGUUGUCAGUCACCCCAAGCCAUUCAGUUUCGAAACUACCCCGCGCAGCGCUGCACAUGAAGCACUGAUCCGCGCGGUUGAAGUGGAGCAUCCAUGGGAGGAAAGCCAUGCGAAGCAACUGGAGAACUUAGCAUGGUGAUGGAUUUAUGAUAUGAAGAAGGAAAUUGCGUUGGGCAGAGCUUUGAUCAAUCACAUGAACGGAUUGAUCCAUAGGCAAGGCUGUUG